GCAUCGAGCAUCUGUCCUGAAAUCUGAUCGAGAUUUAAAAAGUGCACAUCCACUAGUUGACUACACUCCACCACAGAAUUUGACCCUCCUCUACACCGAUCUUGGGGUAUUACCCACAUCAGCUGUCACCGAGCAUCUCAUCAAGCUUUAUACAUAGAUAAAUCAAUAGAUAAGAAAUUUAAAAGAAGAUUAUGUGCUGCAGUAAAACACUUGACUUUUUAAGCUGCAACACUAAGAUGGGUGAAUAAUGUGAGUUCUGUUGAGAAAUAAAACUCUUGCUACACUCAUUGAUACAAAAGACUGAAAAAUUAAUUGUAUGUUUUGUAUUUAAUGGCAAAUUAAAAAUAUGAUGCUA